AUGUCUGAUCUGGGGCGAAAUGCACGAGAGGACAAAGACGUGGAAUGGGUGUCUGACAGCCCAGGUCGAACUCAGGAGCCAUUACAGAGUCACACAUUCUCCCUGAAGAACAAUGCUGCAGGUCUGUCCUCGGAUGAACACGAAAACCCUUUAAAUGGAACCCAGCCGAAUCCAUUUGUAUACAGCGGGGUCCCCGCUGUUCCCCAUGCAGGCAAUUCAUUGCCUUCAGGAGCACUUGUUAAUGGACCAGGUUCACACCCCACCUCAGAGGUACACUGUGUCCUGAACAAAGGCACUGUUUUAUCCAACAAUGUCCUGUAUGCCGCGUGGCAAGCGGGGAAGGACACGAGCCCCGAGGUGUUACCACCACCUAGUGAGCUUCAAUCAGACGCUUGGAAGAACACAGCGGGGCCCGUCGUGAAAACACUGGCCACACAGCCAGGUGUCAACACGCCACUGUCUCGCUCGGAGGAGAAUGAGUCCAAACUGGCCUGUCCCACACUGUCAGGUGCAGGCGGUGCGGAGCAAAUGCACAUUAGCCAACCUUUGACAACGCAGACCACGAAAACAAGAUCUCGCCGGGGUGCAGAGCGGUCAGAGAGCUCCUCGGAUGAUUACGAGGAAGUCGGGUGGGAUUUAGCAAGGGAGUGCCUCUUGCGCGACGACAGAAGGCUCGAGACCAGAGUGAUGCACCAAGGGGACAGGAAGCACAACACGCAUGCAAAAAGCAUGUCAGGCUCUCUGGAAAAGGUUAACAGCAGCUUAAAUCACACAUACAGAAGUUUCGGUUUCCGCUGUGACGUCGGAAACAUCGGCGUCGCCAAACAAGACGAUUCUUUGUGUGCCCGAGCUGAUAUUAAAUAUUCCGUGGUGCCACUCAAAGCUCUUUCUAGGAACACAGCGUCAGAAUCGCACCACCAUAUUAAUAGCACGGCAGAACAGGGAGGCUGUAAUGGGGAAAAUGACCCUGAAAAUGAAGACAAUUGCAGCACGAAAGUGGAACUGUCGACGACCGAACACGUCGAACGGGAUCCACUUUUCUUUUCAUGCACAACAUGCAAUGUUAAUUUCAAGGAGAAGAGGCAUUUCCAUAGACAUAUGAUGUAUCAUUUAGGCAAGCAUAAUCAGGUGAACAGUGAGAACGUCUCGCAGCCCUUUGUAUGCAGGGAGUGUGGGCGUUUGUUCUGUGAUAGCAACUCCCUCAUGAGGCACAUCAUUAUUCACCGAGACAGGCUGGAAAAACUUCUGGAGGGAAUCAAAGAUCUCAAGAACACCAAACUAGAAGACGGGGGCGCCGCUGCGCCACGCCCUGGUUGCGCACCUGGUUGCGAUUGCCCUAAAAUCUCCGUCCAGCGCGCCAAAACGCAUGACAAUCUGAAGCACUACUACUUCUGUGAGGAGUGUAACUACGUUACACUGACGCAGCAGGCACUCGAGGCACACCUGCUCGGAGCACACCUCAACGCGAGCGGGGAAAUGACCCGCGCCGAGGAAGCGGGCCACGUUCAGCUUCGCCGCGAAGCGCGUUUCUUCACGAGCAGAGACGACGACGCAGUGUUGGCGGGACGUUCCGAGCUGCAGCGUCUGCGGUCGAUCGGUAGUUACAAAAAGGGUGCCGACCGGCCUGAACCAAACCUCCACAAGUCGGCUCUCGGAGAAACAGCCCAUUUCCCCCACUGUUCUGGUGAAAAGGGGGAUUUUUACGUUCAAAAGUCCUACGACAAAACCGUCGAUUCCCCCCAGUUUAAGUGCCGUGUCGGCUGCUUCGACAACACGAUGCUGCCGUCUUUGUGGAGGGUCGACAGGCACGGAAAAUUACUGCCGCAGCCAACAGAAAAAUUAGUUGUGGCAACUGAUCUCACCUGCGUGGAGGAGGACUCUGCAAACAAUGACUGCAAGGCUUUUGGCAGCUCAAAGCAAACAACCUGUCCUGCGACCCUCGAUUUCUUACCAUCUGCCAGAAAUCUUAAAUUAGACCAGAUGUUCCGUCAGGGUGGCCAGAACGACCUGGCGAGCGGGAGCUUACAAGCGCAGGCGAACCCAAAUUCCCUGUCAAUGAGAAAAAUAUCAACGCCUUCGCAUAACACUAUUGACAAUAUGAAUGGUAAUAUAUCGGCACGGUUUUGCCAGAGGCUUAAGAAACCGUCUGCGGAUAAGGAGAUGGAGAAAGGCUGCGAGGGCAGCAGUAAAUGUAGUGAUGGCCCCAGUGGAGCCACAGGCGGCUUCUUGGAAAGCGAGAAUGCGAGGAACCCGUACGCUCGGAGGUAUUUCACAAAGAGGCAGAGGUUUUCAGCCGAAGACCAAAGCCCCCGUGUGCUCAAGGAUGAAGAGGAUGGAGGUGAAGACUGUAGUGACAUAGAGCAACUCAUAAUCAAGGAGGAGUAUGUCGAAACCACAGCGUGUGGUGAUUCCCCAGAGUCGCCUUGUAUGUCUUCGGGGGACAGCUUUGAUGUUUUCCCCACACCAGGGGUGGAGCACAAGCUCUGUCCCUACUGCCCGGCCGUGUUUGAGUCCGGAGUGGGCCUGUCCAAUCACGUGCGAGGGCACCUCCACAGGGUCGGCUUGAGCUACAACGCUCGGCACAUGGUCUCGCCGGAGCAAGUGGUGUUGCGGGACCAUCAGCCGCGAAUCCGCAGAAGGAUCCCCAGUGGCACGAAGAAAAUGAGGAAAGCUGUUAAGCCAGAAACCCAAGGAGCGCACAAAUGUCCCCUGUGCUGGGAUUGGUUCGAUACUAAGACCGGCCUCUCCAACCACGUGCGGGGACACCUGAAGCGAAUCGGCGGAAGUGUUACCAGCACCGGCAAGUCCCCGCUGGGCGUCCUGAACGAACUGCUACGAGACAAGAAGGAACAUCAGAACAUCCCCCAGGUCCUCGACAAAAGCCAAUUCCCCUCACGGAUCAGCGACGAUGGCCUGGUCCUGAUGCACAUGGGCAUCCCGGUGAAAAUCCAGUUUGAGAUGAGGAGUCCACAUCCCAUGUUAGUCGACAGCUUUGUACCAAAACAGGAAGCAGAGGCCUUCUCAGAGAGGGGGCUCCAGGUAGAAGCACAACGAGGCACCGAGGCCUCCACAAGCACCUUAGUUGAACUGCUCAAGAUGAGGCGGCAGAGUGUGGAGCUCUCAGCGAGGAGCAACCGGGAAGCCCACGCCACCAGGAAGCUCUGUGAUGUCACCAAAGACUACAUGGAGGAACCAAACUGGGCUCAUGGGGAAUGUGAUUCAAAUGCGAUUUGUAUUCAGUGUAACGGCGCCUUCCCCGGGCUUCCUGGUCAUCUUCGAGCCUACGCACACAGGAAGAGGAUUGCCAUAUUUGAAGGACCAGGCGACGAUUAUAAACCGAAGAAGCCAAGGCCUGGGCUGAAGAAGAAGAUGCUGCCCUCCUUGGAUGCUGAGAUUUACACGCUCACCUGCAGAUUCUGCGACCUCGUCUUCCAGGGUCCCCUGUCCAUCCAGGAGGACUGGAUCAAGCACUUACAGAGGCACCUUCUGCACACCCGCGUGCCCCACUCAGGGCCCGGGAUGGUUGAGGUUCUGGGUCUCCAUCACAUGAGUGCAUCUCCUGAGUAGAGUUUCACCCGUCGAGAACUUCCAGCUGCCCAACAUUUGCACAUUGUUUCUAUAAUCAACACAUUGUUUUAGAAUAGUCCUGCAACUGUUUUAUGAACAUUUAAGAGAUAAUCUAGACUACUUAAUAAUAGUAUAUUGAUAAUAUUGUAUAUAUUAGCAAAAACUUGA